GAAUUGUUACUUAGGGCCACAGAAACGUUACUCAGGGACACAGAAUUGUUACUCAGGGAUACAGAAUUGUUACAUGAGGGCCACAGAACCGUUACUUAGGGCCACAGAAUUGUUACUCAGGGACACAGAAUUGUUACUCAGGGCCACAGAACUGUUACUUAGGGCCACAGAAUUGUUACUCAGGGACACAGAAUUGUUACUCAGGGACACAGAAUUGUUACUGAGGGCCACAGAACUGUUACUUAGGGCCACAGAAUUGUUACUCGGACAGACACAGAAUUGUUACUCAGGGACACAGAAUUGUUACUGAGGGCCACAGAACCGUUACUUAGGGCCACAUAAACGUUAAUCAGGGCCACAGAAUUGUUUACUGAGGGCCACAGAACCGUUACAUAGGGCCACGUAAACGUUAAUCAGGGACAGAC